AUGGCCAUCAAAACAGUCGCAGUUGCCGGUGGCUCCGGCUCCAUCGGGAAACCCAUCAUCGAGUCUCUUGUCGCAUCCGGCUUUGAAGUCACAGUUCUCGUCCGAGGUGACAAGCCAUCCGUCUUUGCGGAGCCCGUGAAAACCACAACAGUUGACUAUGCAUCCCACACAAGUCUCGUCUCAGCCCUCCAGGGCAUCGAUGCUCUGAUCUCGGUUCUGAGUGGACCUGGUCUUGAUUACCAACCUGCUCUCCUAGAUGCUGCGAUCGAAGCUGGUGUAUCGAGAUUCCUGCCUAGUGAAUUUGGCGCUAAUACCUACAUCCCCUUGACAUCCCAGAUCCCGAUCUUCCAGGGCAAGGUCGCGUUCCAGAAAUUGCUCAGCAAAAAGGUGGAAGAACACCCGAGUCUCUCUUAUUCGCUGGUCGUUCAUGGACCCCUGUUUGAUAUCUGCCUGGCUGGUGGAUUAUUGUGCGAUGUUCAGAACAGGGAGAUGACUAUCUACGAUGGUGGAAAUAACAGAUUCUCAACAACUUGCUUGUCCGACCUUGGUGCGGUUGUUGUUGGGAUUUUGAGAAAUCCCGAGAAGACUAAGAACCGUGCUAUCUUUGUGGAGCGCGCGAACUUGACUCAGAUUAAGUUGCUGGAGAUUCUGGAGAAGGUCACACAGUCGACUUGGAUCCGCAAGGAAGAGAAUAUCUCGGAUCUGGAUACAGCUAUGCGAGCGGAGUUGACCAAGGAGCAGUCGAACCCUGGUGUCUUCAUUCCUGGGUUCUUGAAAGUUGUUAUUUUUGGAGGCUCCGCUUAUGGUGCGGACUUGAACGAGCAGACUCCGGGGCUUGACAAUGAGAUCGUCGGGUUAAAGCCAUAUACUGAAGAUGAUCUGGAGAUGAGAAUACGAGCUAUUGUUGCCCAGGCUUAA